GAAGAUUUUAACGUAGUAUAAAAAAUUUUAAGUUGAUAUGGUAGGUUGAUGGACUCAUGAGUGAUUUCUUUUUCUGGUUUUCUAUACUUUAAUGUUUGUACAAUUUGAAAGGUGACAACAUAAAACAUUGCAAAAAAACAUUCAAGUAAUAGCUAUUAAAUUUUACAGAACAGUUUGGUUAUUGACACUCCAAGAAUUAGAAAGCAAACAAGACCCUUUAGUGCCACAAAAGAUGAAUUGGCUGAAUUAUCUGAAGCUGAAAGUGAAGGUGAUAAAAAGCCCAAACUCUGGAGACCCUGUGAUCGUUCCAAUGGCUAUGGAAGAACUGAAUGCUUUAGAGUAGAGAAAAAUCUGCUAGGUUAUGGAUGGGGCCGAUGGAGAGAGAUUCUGUCUCAUGGCCGUUUUAAAAGGCAGCUAAAUGAGGAUGAUGUAGAAAUAAUUUGCCGAGCACUCUUAGCAUUAAUCCCUUAUUCACUAUCGAGGAGAUGAGAAAAUGAAAGGCUUCAUAUGGGAUCUCAUUACUCCAACUGAGGAUGGGCAGACACGAGAGCUACAAAAUCAUCUAGGUCUAUCAGCCCCUGUACCCAGGGGCCGAAAAGGAAAGAAAGUAAAGACUCAAACAAGUUCAUUUGAUAUACAGAAAGCAGAAUGGCUUCGAAAAUACAAUCCUGAGCAGCUACUUCAAGAUGAAGGCUACAAAAAACAUAUAAAACACCACUGUAAUAAGGUUUUGCUUCGUGUAAGAAUGCUCUAUUACCUAAAGCAAGGAGUCAUUGGAAGUGAGUGUCAGAAAGUAUUUGAUGGAGUUGAUGCAAGUGACAUUGAUGUUUCGGUCCCAGAACCAGACCACUCAGAAGUUCCUGCUGAAUGGUGGGAUUUUGAUGCUGAUAAGUCACUCCUUAUUGGAGUUUUUAAACAUGGUUAUGAAAAAUACAACACUAUCCGAGCUGACCCAGCACUGUGCUUUUUGGAAUGAGUGGGAAAACCAGAUGAGAAAGCAGUUGCUGCAGAACAGAGGGCAAAUGAUUUUAUGGAUGGGUAUGUGCAUUUCAGAAUCAUGAUUUUUCCAUAUAUCUCUAUCAACAUCAUCAUAUUCCAUGUCAGUGAUGUUUUUGUAAAUAAUGUAAAAGUAAGAGAAUUGGAGUUUGAAAUUAAAAGAGCUAAUGAUACUCUUAAUAGGUUAACACUUGUCCAACAAUGUGAUCAAGGAAGAGACUAGACCUACCCCACACCUAUUCUUGUGAUGAGUCCUUAAUUUACCAUUGUUAAUGGUCAUGGCCAUUAAAGCUAUAAAAUUCUAGGAGCAUAAGAGGGAAGAAGAAAGCCAAGAAUAUUACACUUUGAGAGAAGCAGGAUGUUCAUUUUAUCUGUUAUGUGGCCUUUAUUGUUUUUCUUACCACAGAGAGAAACUUUUUUGAGGUUAAUAAUACAUUUAAAAGUCAA